AUGCAAGAAAGCCUUGCAGGACUCCCCCAGAAACAUGACCGGGCCAUCGUUCCCUCAUCCGGAUUACCCUCCGGAGAUUACUGGGUUUCUUCGACGGAGCCCGAGUACAAAUACCAAGUUGUACGCCUCGUUCAAGGCCUUGAUGGCCCCCAUGCACCACAACGGCAGUCGGAAGUGGUCGCGUCCGUACCUGGAGGAGUUCGGCCAGGGAGAUUCCAAGUGGCACAGAUGGGGUCGUACGCCCUCGUGAAGGACUUCGAUCAGACCAACCUACACCAUGGAUUGCAUAUCUCACUCUACUUCCAGCCCUAUCUUCCCCAGUCCGGGCAUACGCAAACUCUCCUUUCCACCUUGGACCACGUCUCCAAGACUGGCCUGGCGGUGGUUUUGACGCUGGAAGGGCAUGUUUCCUUCUGGAUUAGCACAGGCCAAGCUAUCGAGGUGAUUCCGACACAGUUUAUGCCGGCAACUCGGCGCUGGGUUUCACUUGACCUGUCACUGGACGCGGAGGGAUCUCUGCACUAUUCUUUGGCUCCGGUAGGACUGUUUGCAGAAAAGCCCGACCCAGCUAUCCAUGGGCAAGGGAAGCUCCGCAACCCAGUCGCACAUCUGGAACGCACGUCUCUUCUCUUUGGCGCUGGCUACGCCUCGACACCGACCGCACCACCGGCAGCCACACAAGCGACCAAUUUCUUUAACGGCCGGAUCGACAGCCCCAUGAUCCGAAGUUUGGGGCCUGGAGCCCAAAUACUCGCCCGGUAUGAUUUCUCGCUCCAGAUAUCUUCCGACACCAUUGUCGACGUGUCCGGGCGAGGGUUUCAUGGAACCCUGAUCAACGCUCCUACACGGGCAGUUCAAGGAUAUGACUGGGAUGGCACAUCGGUCGAUUGGGCCAAAGCAUCUCAUGGAUAUGGUGCCAUCCACUUCCACGAAGACGACCUGGAUGACGCCGGUUGGGCCACUGAUAUCUCGAUUCGCAUUCCGCCUGACGUCCGUUCGGGAGCAUAUGCUGUGGAAGUCGAAGCUACCAAUGGCCGCGCCCACGACUCUAUCACCUUUUUCGUGAGGUCGUCGGCCGAGACGCGGGCAAAGGUCGGAGCAAAGGUCGCGUUGGUCCUCUCAACCUUUACGUAUCUUGCCUACGGCAACGAGCGCAUGUAUGACCAGUCCAAACCAUCGCGGAUGACAGCGCCCAACGCGGAUUUUCGCAUUCGAAAGGACGAGGACUUCUACAAAAUGGAGCGACGCACCGACCUGGGCCUGUCCACUUACGACGUGCACUUGGAUGGAUCAGGAGUUAUGUAUUCCUCAGCCAAGCGGCCUUUACUUGCUGUCAGGCCCGGCUAUAUGCAUUGGGCGCUCUAUCGGCCGCGCGAGUUCAGCGCCGAUUUGCUCAUGGUUGGCUUCCUGGAACAUCACCAUAUACCAUAUGACAUUGUUACCGACCAUGAUCUCCACAGCAUGGGUGUUUCAUGCAUUCUUCCAUACAGCACUGUCAUCACCGGCAACCACCCCGAAUACCCGAGCCUCGAAUCCUUGGGCGCAUAUACCGCGUUCGCCAGGCGCGGGGGAAAUCUCAUGUACCUAGGAGGAAACGGGUUUUACUGGGUUUCCGCCUUGGAUUCGGCGCGCCCUCAUCGACUAGAGGUGCGUCGCGGUGACCAGGGUGUGCGCACAUAUACCGUGCCUGGUGGAGAGCGAAUUCUCAGCACGAACGGGCAGCUGGGAACAUUAUGGCGGUCUCGGGGCCGGCCAGCAAAUCAUCUCUUUGGUGUGGGAUGCUGUGGCGAGGGCACCGGGCCAGGCGUGGCUUACAGGCGGACCGGGGCAAGUCAAGAUCCACGGUUCGCUUGGAUGUUUGAAGGAAUCGGGCAAGAAGAGCUCUUAGGGGAGCAUGGCUUCGGCGGCGGUGCCAGCGGCGACGAAAUAGACAAGUUCGAUGUCGGCAACGGGAGUCCCGUCAACGCCGUCGUCCUGGCCACCAGUGUAGGCCACCCAGAGGACUUUGGCAUCUUUCCUGAGGACGUGGGGUUUCCCAUUUUGCACACCCUUGGGACUCAAACCGCCGAGAUCCGGUCUGACAUGGUGUACUAUGAGACUGCCGCUGGCGGGGGCGUCUUCUCCGUAGGGAGCAUCAAUUGGUACUGCUCACUGGCGUGGGAUGGCUACAACAAUAACGUUGCCACACUGACCAAGAACGUACUACAAGGGUUCUUACAAAAGAAAUGGCGUAUAUAG